AUGAUAAAAUCACUAGCCUUUGUUAUCUUGCUAAACUACUUAUUCUACUUCUGUGAUUGUGGAACACUACCAGCUGCUCAAAUAGCUGAGCAAACCCUGAUAACAACCUUGUUAACUGGAUAUAAUAAAAAUAUAAGACCAAGUACUACAGUAUCUGUUGAUAUCACUGCUCAACUACAACAAAUUGUGGCUAUAGAUGAAAAACAACAAAUAAUGACAACAAGUUCAUUUAUUGCACAAACAUGGUACGAUGAUCGAUUAUCAUGGACACCUAGUUCAAAUACUGGUAUUCAAGUAGUUAUGCUUCCAGUUACAAGUUUAUGGAUACCAGAUACAAUGGUAUUGAAUUCAGCAGAUACAAGUGGUUAUCUUACAGUGAAUACAUAUAGUUUAGCAUCUGUAAACUAUUCCGGUCAAGUUUAUAUGAUAUUACCAGCAUUAACAGUAAAGACAAGAUGUAAUUUCAAUGUUCGAUAUUUUCCAUUCGAUAAACAAUUAUGCGGUAUUAGUUUAACAUCAUGGAGUCAAGGAUCCGGUAGAAUAGCAUAUACAGAAGAUAAGAAUGCAGUAAUUGACAUUAGUGGAUAUACUGAACAUCCUCUAUGGGCACUGAAUGGAACAGAUUUAGUUGUAAUUCAAGCAGAAGAUAGAACACCAUUUGAAGAUACUUCUAAUGAUGUAAUAUCAAUACAAUUGUAUUUACAAAGAAAACCAUUAUAUUUUAUCAUGAAUGGUAUAUUUGCAUGUUGGGUUUUAAAUUCCGUUACUUUACUAUCAUAUUCAUUACCCUUUGGAUCACAAAUUGGUUUAUGUAUGACAUGUUUCAUGACAUAUUCUGUUUAUUCAUUGAAUUUUUCUAAUCUAUUUCCACAACAGUCUCAAUAUUUAAUGAUGAUUACAUUAUACUUUUUGUUAUCAAUAUGUUGGACAUUAAUAUCAAUGGCAUGGUUUAUCUUAUGUAAUCAUUUUAUAUCAAAAGCUGAAAUGCCAAAAUUUCUUUAUAUUUUUGCUGGGCUAUUGCAAAAAAAAGUAUUCUUUUAUUUUUUUCCACCACCAAAAGAUGAUAAAACAAAGAAUGUUAUUGUUGAGAAUGGUGACUUAAAGAAGUCAGAAGGUAAAGAAAGUACACAAGCAACAGGUACUCAAAAAACGAAAUGUGCUUCCUGUCAGAAAUUAUUUCCUUCGUGUUUUCGACGACAUAUUAAAGUUGAAAGCAUUGACAAAGGACAGCAUACUUCCGUUGAAAAUGAAACCUCUAUGAAUAAAAGUGCUACUGACGAUGCCCGAAUUGAAACACCAACAUCUGUAGUUAUUGACGAAACAAACAAGAAAGCGACGCCAAAAUGUGAUUUUUGCAACAGAUGCGAAACAUGCCAAGCUGAUUUCGAUAAAGAUAAAGGAAAAGGAAAAAAUAAAAAAGACAUUGAAGGUAGAUGCGCCGCAUUAAACUAUUUGGUAUUUUUUUGCAUACUAUUGUUUAUGGUUAUUUCUGAACUGUCGGUAUGGGUUUUAAUGGCAAAUAAUUGA